AUGCAUGAUGACAUCGUUGGUGGUAAAGUUUCCGUUCCCCACAGUCGACCCUACAUGGUCUACAUUCGUGAUAAGGUAUUAAAAUCAACAUGUGGUGGUUUUUUGGUAAGAGAGGAUUAUGUGAUGACAGCUGCCCACUGUAAACGAAGUCAUCUUAUGGUCUAUUUGGGGGUCUAUGACACCAACUUUUUACCUGACGGCAUAGAGGUAGAUACCAUUCCACAUCCAGAAUUCAACAUGAACAGAAUAGGUCACGACAUCAUGCUUCUGAAGCUUAAAACUCCAGCAACUUCGAAAAAAAUUGCGGUUACUAUCACUUUGCCAAAUCCUGAGAAUGAAGAAAUCUCAAAGGACUGCAUGGUUAUGGGUUGGGGCUGGAAGAAUUACCAUGACAAGUCUCCAUCAAAUGUGCUCCAAGAAGCAAACGUGACUCUGAUAGACUCUGAAAACUGUGGCACAGCUGACAUUCUGUGCACUGAGGGAUCAACUGGACCAGCACUGGGAGACAGUGGGGGUCCACUUGUUUGUGGAGGUGUUGCACAGGGAAUAGUGUCAUUUUCUAAAAACAAGACAAAUGCAAACUACCUCGCAGGGUACACUCGCAUCUCCCACUACCUUCCAUGGAUUCAAAGCAUCAUGAUGUCACCUACAACACAAGUCUCCACGUCAGGAACAUUUGUUCCAACCCCAGAUACUGAAACCCAAAACCCAUCAGAAGUGUUUUGUCUGCUGCCCGAAACCUGAUACACCUAAUAAUCUUGUCUAGUAUCUAGAGUUUGAAAUUUACUUUAGUGUAAUAGCCUAAUCAAUAUUAAGCCUUCCAUCAACCAAAAGGUUUACUGAGGAAGCCAGAGAAGAGCAGGAGACAAAGUAAAGACAUCACAGAAACGAACAGUUUAUUGAAUAUCAUAUGUUGCUUAAGUUUCGAUGUUCACUUUGUUAUAUCACAAGAAACGGAUGGAAAAGGACUUCUCACAUCAUCCAAUGACAUUUUCUUUUCUCUUUCUUGUAAAGACAAACAUCACUUAAAACUACACAAUCAUUAGAUUAAACUGCAAUUGAAAAAUAAAAUGA